ACUAGGAAAACAGUGAGCUAAGCCCAUACUCGCUGAUGGCAGCUGUACACAACCCCAUGUUCUAGUGCGAAACAGUAAAAACUCUAGCGAUAUCAAUGAUUUUCAUCACAUAACUCUUUAUAUACUCUCGGUUUAAUCUGUAUUAUUAGGAUUAAUCCCGCACUUCCCCGAGUUCGGGUGCCUUAAAUGGAGGAGAAGAAGGAAGACGGAGACUCGGAGAUACAGGAACACGGACCCGAACACUGGUUCUCAAAAUGGGAGCGGCAGUGUUUGGCCGAAGCGGAGCAGAGGGAGCUCGGCGAGGAAGAGGCCGACAACGACCAGGAUAAACUGUGGCAUCUCUUCCAGAACUCCGCUACUGCAGUAGCUCAGUUAUAUAAAGACAGAGUAUGCCAUCAGCAGGGCCUGUCACUGUGGGUGCCAUUUCAGAAUGCUGCUACAGCAGUCACCAACCUCUACAAAGAGAGUGUGGAGGCCCAUCAGAGAAGCUUUGAUCGGGGUAUUCAAAUAGGCCAUCAACGUCGCAAUAAGGACAUGUUGGCCUGGGUGAAAAAGCGCAGGAGAACCAUCCGUAGGGAGGACCUCAUCAGCUUCCUGUGCGGCAAAGCACCACCUCACAGGAGUAGCAGGGCCAACACUCGAUUGGCCAUGGUGGCCCCUAGUCGGGCCAAUUCACCUGCCGAGACGGGCUCAUCUGUGGAGGCAGACCUCCAGCCCUUCAGGGAGGCUAUAGCACUGCAUGGUCUAAGUGGGGCCAUGGCAAGUAUCAGUGUGCGCUCUGGUGCUCCAGGUUCUCCCACACAUGUGAGCGGCAGCAGUAGUAAUGGAGGUGGUGCUGGCGGAGGCGGUUCUUCUGGCUCUGGGCCAGUGUGCCGCAGCAGGCGUAAUGGGCUUCAAGAUGUCGACCUGAACACUUUCAUUGCAGAGGAGAUGGCACUACAUCUGGACUCUACAGGCUCUGCCGCCGGCGGAGGGGGAGGAACCAGGAAACGAAAUUCCACCCAGUGUAGUGACGUCAUCACAGACUCCCCUACGCACAAACGCAACAGGAUGAUCUGAUCUGCUGCCUGUCCAUGUGUAUGAGAGGGUGGGGGGGGGUGCCUUUAAAGUCAAGCCUUGGACAGAGGGAUGGGGUCAUGUUGGACAGAUGGACAGACAGAUGUUACCAGUGCCUGGUUGUGUUAAAGAACCCAGGCUGAAAAAGAAACUGUGCUGGACUGUAGGUCGCUGCAGUCGAAUCAGAUGUUGGAAGAAUUAUUUUCCUUGUCUCCUUUUCUGACACUAUUACUACAAAUCACUGCUCUGCAAUCAGAACAUUUUGUGAGUGUGCAAGACUCGCUGGUCUGGACAACAUCACACACUCCUCAGACAUCGCUAUCCUGGAAAGGAGACGACAAAGGAACCAACAUGUGGGAUGCAGACAGUUCUCAAAGGGUUGAAAAUGCACUGUGCUGCUUUACAAGUAAAAGCCACUUGAUCCUUGACACAUGUGUGCCCUUUCUUCCCUUAACCACACUCAUCCUCACCCAUCACCUUAAUAAGGAAGUGAGGGCCAUGAUCAAAUCGACUCACUCAGUGAAUCGAGUUGCUCGCCAAAUGUCGGACCCAGCUCGAACAGAGACUCAGCUCUGUGUCAAAGAACCCAUCAGUUCUUUCUGUUACUUCAUCAUUUCAGCUCUUGGUUGAUGUUGCCUGUCUGUGUUGGAGUUAAAUUGCCCAGUAAGAGUCCAUCUGUGGCGUCAUCCUGCCUCCUCUGCUGCUUGUUAUAUUUCUCUGGUAACCAGGCUGGAUGACAUGUAACUACCAAUAGCAGGCUAUAGAUGUUUGGACAUGAAGACCUUAAUCUCUGCAAAAAAAACUAUUCUGCUUCAACAGUUGCUUGGUUUAGUUAAACCAGUUGCCAUUUUCUUUUUUUUUCUUUUUUAAACAACCAGUGUUAAAAUUCUUGUUUUGCCACUGUUUGCAUUCUGCUCCACCUUGUUUUUGUCUUUUUUUGUUGUUGUUCAGGAUAAUGAAAAGGAAGAAAAUUCUUUGUUGUUCAGCCUCUCAGUCAGCUUGUUUGCUGAUGAGACGCCCACUUCCCCUUUACCUAAUACUUAUUUUAAAAGCAGCUCAAGUUUUAUGUGAUUGUGUGAUUCUGAUUAGUUGCAAUAAGGAUUUUUUGCACUUAGCUUUCUCUUCUAACUCAUGCAAACAAAUCGGCUCUUCCAUUGUAUCCCAGUUGUAGCCUUGUCCAGCCCUAAAAAGGCCUGCUUUCGGUCGGCCCACGCGCGAUUUAUCUGUUGGUGCUCAGAAAAGGUGAACUCGAUAUGACUAGAAAAGGAUAUCGCGUGCAUACCUGGUUCAUUCUUUAAGUGUUUAAAUCAGGUUGUGGGGCAUUUCUGUGGGCUGAACCUUUUUUCAGAGAUGUGGGAGUUAUUCCCCAUCUGACGAGUUAUCAAACGUACUGGGCGAUAAUCUGUGCUGUAAAGGAAGCAUAAAUCACAGAAAUGUUCUUGCGAAGGUAGCAUUUCUCAACAGUCCCACCAAACAUGCCAACCAGUGUACACAAGUCACUGGAUGAUCUGACUACAGCAUUGAAUUGGCUGUUGGGGAACACUGCUGUUUGUUUUAAGGGGUGCGUGCAUUAAUAAGAUGUGAAUGGGGUUUGUUUUGUUUCUUUUGGGUUUUUUUUAACUUGGUACUGGAUGAUGCAACUCUGGGCUUGUUUCAUUCUUGAAAUGUCGUUGCCUUCCAUCCACUAAGAGAGUAGAGCGGGAGAUGCUGAUAUCACAUGAGUCAGAAAUGUGGGUAUAUUUAGCAUUUUGUAAAAUAAUAUGAACUGGUACUGUGUAUAUUUUGAGGGUGAUUAAAAGAGGUUUAUUGGAGGUUAAACAGAACUUGAUUGGGGUGUAGUGCACCCAGUUGUUCAUCUGCAUAGAAAGUGUACAAAUCAAAAAUUGUAAAAAGUGUAAAUUGUGGAAGAAAGUAUAAAUCCUUCAAUGUUAUCUAAACUAAUGAUAAUGUAUAUUUUCAGUGAUGCUCUGCCAUAGUCGUGAUACAGUAUGUUGUCAGUGAGCAAACUGAAGUGUAAAGCUCAAAUACCCACUACAGCUGACUUAGAAGAUGUCAGUGUUUCCUUCUCUCUUUCCCAACUUGUGUUGACGUUUUCACUCCCCUUCACUUUUCUUACCUCUUUCAUUGUUAAGAAAAAAAAAAAAUCAAAAACAAAAAAAGCAUGCACGUUUUUAACUUCUGUUACAUUUUGGUCACAGAUUUCUUUUUUUAUUUUGCAUAUAGGUUGGCUGUUAUAUUCAUACAUGAUUGCUGAAAGUCGGUGAAAGAAAAGAACCUGGUUGAGAUUUAUUGAGUGCGUCAAAUGAAGAAUUAAGAGUUUUGAACUUUGUUGAUGCAUAGGAGUGUAAAAACAAACAAAAAAAUACCAGACUGAAAAUAUAACCUCAUAUUAAAAAAAAAAUUGAGAUUUGAUUUGUCUACAGAAAGCCUCUGAUUACUGAAAGAAGGAAGGUUGACCGUUAUCCAUGUUGAGAGUGUUUGGCUCUUGAUUUAAAGGUUUUAAACUCACCAUGUCCUGUGAGUUGUGGAUACCUUCAGCUAUCACAGGCUAAUGGAACAUAGGAAGGAUCCAUGCUUAUUGAAUAGGAACUAAACUUUGAAUGUCAAAGACAUUGACUUGACUUUUUGUUUCUGGGACGGAGCUAACGUGACGAUUGAAAAUGAAUGAGUGAAUUCUGAGGAGCGACCUGACUGCCUGUCCACACGCUCUUCAUUAAGUCAGAGGAAUGCGUUCAGUUUUUUUUUGGUAUUUUUGACACUUUUCUCACUUCUGUGCGUCCGACACCCGUUGUUGGCAUUGGUAGCGUUGCUGACUGAAACCAAAUUGUGCGUUGAGCCACAAACGAGUAGUUUUAACCUCCGUUUCGGUUGCGUGACAACAUGUCACUUAAAAUACGGAAAAUGAGAAGUGUGCUGGCAGGAUAAAUAAAGUACAAGUCCAACUAUCAAAAGACAGUUUUCCAAAGGCUCGACUAGAGUUGGCUGCUGCCCUCGCUCCAAGCCUACUGUUCAUGUUGCAGCAUUAAAUCUCCCCCCACCCCUCCAACCCCUUCACAAUUAGUCUGGUCAUGGGGGGGGGGACUUUGUUUUUCUUUUCUUCCCCUUAGCCAAUCACAGGCCUUCACUCACAUUGUUUCAAAAGGCUGACUCAUGCCACGUGUCUCUGGAGCCAACACUAUUAUUAGCUGUUUCUGGAUACUUAUUUGUUUAAAAAAAAAAAGUAAUAAAUGGCUAAUCUCUAUACUUAACAUUUAAUUGUUGGUAUGAUAUGUGGUUCAUAUUGUAAAAGAAAUAAAACCAUUGAGUUGCAAUCGGA